AGUCUGAAGCGAGUGUGCAGAGGAUGCAGUAGAGCAGCUGACCGCAAAACACACAGUGAUAACAAAAACUCCUGAUCAGACAAGUCGAGAUGACGGCCGUGGAGAGUAAAGAGGAGAUCAGCGACACUGACAGCGGGAUUAUCCUGCACUCCGGUCCGGACAGUCCCACAUCUCCGGUGAAGGACCUGACCACUCACACCAGAGCCCUGAAGCUGAAGCACCAGAGUCUGGAGGAGCGUCUGGAGCUCUGCCUGCUGGAGCUGAGAAACCUCUGCAUCAGAGAGGCAGAGCUGACCGGCACGCUGCCCUCAGACUAUCCUCUGAUGCCCGAUGAGAAUCCGCCUCGGGUUCGACGGAGAAUCGGAGCGUCAUUCAAGCUGGAUGAAGGUCUGAUUUGUCUGAAUCAGCAGGAUUCAGAGUUGCAAGCACUGGAGACCGACUUGGCUCUUCACCGGCAGAUUUACGAAGCGGCCCGCAAGCUGUCCCUGGAGGAGAACCUCAGCAAACCGCAGAAGAAGAGUCGGCUGCAGCAGUGCAAGAGAGAGGAGAAGAAAGUGAAGGAGCUGCAGGAGGCCGUGUUUCAGCACAGGGUCAAGAGUGAAUGCAACUCUCCCUGCAUCAUGGGCGGCCAAAACAAAGAUCUGAACAUGUCUGAUGACAGCUCCCUCUCUGAUGUGGUGGCUCUGGAUGAUGAUGUGGACUCCCCUUGCCCCCUUUCACCUCCACCGCUGGGUACAUCCUCCUCGGACCCCCUCCAGCUCUCAGGCAAAACCCAGCGCCCUUCUCCUCAGAGCCAGCACGGCGUGGAGUUCGAACGCUCGCCCAUCCAGAACUCUCCGUGGAAAGAAUCCAGCCUGGACCAGCCUUACCAGAAAGUCCCAAAACCUCAGUCUCCGUGCAGCAGCCGGUCCAGCAGCCCAGCCGGAGCUCCGGUGCCUGCAGAGAGCAGCAGGAUCCCUCUCACUCAGUUCGUCAAGAACUCUGCUCUCCGAAACAGCACCUCCACCAGCGCCCCCUCCACCCCAGAGCUGCUGGUACGCCGCCAGUACUCCCAGUCCUUCAGACUUCCAAAGAAAAAGCCGUUUGCUGGCCUGGAGCGCCUCGGCUCGGACAGCAGUCGGGGGCGAGCCCGGCUGCCGCAGCGCCGCUGCAUGGCCGACUUCAUGGUGCGCUCUCCAGAGUACUCCCCUCUGCGUCCCUACCAGUCCAGCUCUGAGGACAGCAGCUCGGAGCACUCCUCCUCCUCCUACAUCGGCUCUCCUGGCAGAGACGGCCCCACUGAGAUCCCCAAGCUCUGCCCGCCGCCGUACGGGUUCCACUUCGGGGCGCAGAAGAAAGGAGUCUCCGGCUUCACCGGACCGGUGAGGGCGGCGGAAGACGACGGUCCGCUCUCCCCGCAAGACCGGGCGAAGUGCUGCCUGUCUCCUGUGGCGCGCGGUCCUCCCCAGCAAAGACCGUGGCAGGAGGCGGCGGCGUCCUCCUCCCCGAGGAGCGUCCUGAAGCCGCCUCCUCCGUACACCAGGCUGGUGCGGACCCCCUCGCUCAAAGAGUACCCCAACCACGCCAUCAGACUACUGCCCCGCGAGCUGGUGUCCGAGGAGCUGAAGUCCUGGCACCAGAGGAACCAGCUGCAGAAGCUACGGACCAACUGCGGCGAGCAGCAGGGCCCCCUGAGCGUGACCAGCCCCACCUCGCCACACCUGCCUCCGUUCAACCAGGGUUCGGGGAACUUCAUCCUCCAGAGAGCUGCGGACGGGACUCCGGUCCAGUGGUUCGUGGCUGAAGACGCUGAAAUCGUGAGCCAGGUGUAGCCGGCACCGCCACCCUCCUGCAGUAUGCUGAGUCAUUCCUAUUUAUCGCUGUAUUUAUUAAGUCGCUGGACUCUCUGUGAGAUCGUUUGCUGACGCGAUGCAGAAAAACGUGGACCUAUCGGUGAUUAAUUUAAAUGUGUAAGGUGAAAAAAAGCCAGUUUUAUUUAUUUGAAGUUGUUUUUGUGAUUGAUCUGAGGUGAAUUCAGGCUCAUACCUUCUCAUAAAUGUGUCACGCAGACAUGUCUGCUGUUAUUUCAGGCAGUGUUUUUGUGGCUGGGACACAUUUUGCACAUAUAAUUUUCCUUCAGUAGUUUCCACAUAAUUUUCUGGAUUUCUAAUAUAAUUUCACAUUAUGCUUUAUUUAUCUAUUAUUUAAAGUUCCCCCCUCCUUUGCAACAAAGAGACUUUUAACUAAAAUGUGGAUCCAUCUUUGGAGACAGAUUGCUGUUUUUUUAAUAAAUAAAUAUAUAUACAGACAGGUUGAUUGUCUAGAAGUAAGCUGAAUUUUUAACAUAUAUUAUCUCUUGAAUAAUUAAUCACUGAUGCCUUUUGAACGGUGGUUUAUUGAAUGUUUUGACUGCAGUAUGGUGUUUUCUUACUAACCAAGUGAUUGUAUCAGUUUGUGUAAUUUUUUUUUGUAUAUUUAUAAUAAAAAUGAUCAUAAAAGA